GGUCUCGCCAGCGGCAGCCCGGGCGAAGAAGGAGCGGGCGCCGCGCCGCGCCUCGCCGCCAGCCUCCUGCCCGAGCGGGGCUUCGCAGCCGCCUCUUCCCGGCCAGGCUAGCGGAUGGGAGCCCUGCCCGAGACCCCGAUGGUCGCCUGAGGAUGGAGAACCAGAAGCACCGAGAGCCUAAUCUUGUUCAAAGCUUCCCACUAGCCGAGCUGGAAAAGGAAACCAGAAGCCCUGCAGCUGCUAGACAUCACUGCGCUGCGUAGCUUGCAAAGAGGGAAUAAUGGGACUGUAGAUCCUCAUCCUGUAGAGGUGCCGCUGACUCGGUGUGGGGGGAACAGGGGAAGACUGAGCCGCCACCUUCACAUUCUGCUGGUGUAGUUUAGAAUCCGGGGAAACGUUUGAAAACAUGGAAGAGGCAGACGAAAAUCACAGUGUUCUCGAGGUGACAAAUAGCAGUCGCGAUGAGAGCAACGGCCGCAGGGCGAUUUUUCAUAUGGUGAUAAAGAUGAUCAACAAGUCUCGAUGGAAGAUACUUGGAGUAUUGGCAAUAUUUUUGGUGAUGGUGGGGUAUAUAAUAUCCCGGGAGGAAAGGUACAUACAGCUUUUUUAUUUCCCUUUGCAAGAUGACAAGAUGACUUGUCCCCUGGGAGAGGUGGAAAGGAAAGCUGCACAACUGAUAGCAAAUUACACACGGGAUCAUCCACUAUUUUUACAGCUAAAGGAUUACUUCUGGGUAAAGACCCCAUCACCGUAUGAACUGCCAUAUGGUACUAAAGGAAGUGAGGAAAUUCUUCUUCGGGUUCUGGCAAUUACAAGUUACUCUCUCCCUGAGAGCGUUCAGAGUUUGAAGUGCCGAAGAUGCGCAGUGGUAGGCAAUGGACACCGGCUCAGAAACAGUUCCAUGGGGGACACAAUUAACAAAUAUGAUGUUGUGAUCAGAUUGAACAAUGCACCAGUUCAUGGUUAUGAGCGUGAUGUGGGCUCCAAGACCACUAUGCGUCUCUUCUACCCAGAAUCAGCACACUUCAAUCCCAAAACUGAAAAUAACCCCAACACCUUGUUGGUGCUGGUGGCAUUCAAACCUAUGGAUUUCCAGUGGAUGGAAACGAUCCUCCAUGACAAGAAGAGAAUUCGGAAGGGCUUCUGGAAGCAGCCUCCAUUAAUCUGGGAUGCAAAUCCUGAGCAAGUGCGAAUUCUCAACCCUUACUUUAUGGAAAUAACUGCUGCUAAGUUGCUUAAUCUUCCAAUGAAACAUCUGCGGAAGAUGAAACAGAAACCAACCACAGGAUUAGUGGCCAUCACUUUAGCAUUGCACUUCUGUGACUUGGUACAUAUUGCCGGCUUCGGAUACCCAGAUUCUGCCAAUAAGAAGCAGACGAUACACUACUAUGAGCAAAUCACGUUGAAGUCGAUGGCUAGUUCGGAGCACAAUGUCUCCCAUGAAGCACUAGCAAUAAAAAAGAUGCUUGAAAUGGGACUCAUCAAGAAUCUCACUUACUUCUGAUGGAGGCACGGGCGACAACUUCUGAGCUGGCUGCCAGGCCAAUAAGAGGCCCACCAUGAAUGGCAGCCUGCCACCCACAGCUCUCCUUGCCCCCUGCCUCUGAGAGUGACUGCUGUAAAGAUCUCACAACUUUGUUCCAAUGACAUGCAGAAUGGGGUGGAAGAUGUGUUGGCAGCUAGGGACCGAAAGGAUCCUGGAAAAGGCAGAUGGUGGUAGCGACGGCGUUAGGUGAUUCUGCCAUCUAUGGUGUCCUCCUCUUUUGGACAGCUGUGGGAUUUCCUCCGUAUCGAACGGAGGCUCUUGGGAGUCGAUGCUCCUGAAGUCUUUACUCCUGUGGCACGAAUGCAUCCUUUUUGGGGCCUGGGCCAGACCUGACUGUGGGUGUCCAGGGCAGUACAACAGACACUUCCAUGGGAUUUCCCCAUCCCAGGACAUGCUGCUACCUUAAAUCACUUUUUGCCUUCCCACUCUGAGGUGCAGGCUGUUUACCAGGAUAUUUAAGUUAUAACUGUAUCAGGGUCUCUUGAUGGAGCAGCAGGAGGAAACUCAAUGAAGGAUUAUCAGCUGUCUACCCUCUUAUUUUUUGUCCCCAUUCGAAUCGAGAUGAGAUGCAAUGCAAUGGUUUCCCCUGCAGGGGAUGGGAGUGGAGGAUAACGCUGCCCACUCGUUUUUUUCACCUAUUUCUUUCUUUCUUUUGGACGAUACGGCAUACAGGGAGAACGCCCUACAGUAUUUUGAUAGUGGUUUUUAUACUAAAAUCAAUGAAGCUGAACUGAACAUUACUGGGUUUCUAGACUCUUGGUUGAAAGAGAAUCCUCCUUCUGUGAAGGGUGUGUAUGAUUGUGUGUGUGUGUGUGUGUGUGUGUGUGUGUGUAUUUGUAUGUGUCCAGCCCAGUAUCCCGAGUCUGUUCUUGGGAAGAACGUUCUAAUUAUAAGCUGUAGGUUUUUUUUCUCCAGCAUGUGGGAGCCAGAUCCCAGCUGGAAUAAGACUACAUUAAGAAAGGAAAGGGGGGGGGAGCCAAAGUUGAGACUUGAAGGAAGGGGAAAGAAUUAGGGGACAGAGGAAACGUGUGUGUCAGUUGUGGGAAAAGAAGCAACCAGUCACAUGUGGUUCCUCGUGCCUGGAACCAGCCCUUGUACAGCAUCUUGCUCUGCCUUUUCCACUAAGGAAAGGGGGGUGGGGGGGUUCUUCAAGACGAAGGCUCUUCUCAAGGAGCCUAAGAAAUGGGGUGAAUGUCAAAGUAAGCUGUUGCAUCAAACUGGUGGGGGAGGGAUAGUCCGUACAUUUCAGGAAUGGAUCCUUAUUUGAACACAUUUGUCUGGCGUGGAGCAGGAAAUCCACGCUUUGGAAAAGAGUCUCACACAAAGAGUUCUGUGUGGGCAUAAAUAUUUUAACUUCUUCUUCUUUUAAAAUCUCAACUUGGUGACCAAAGUUUAUUUAUUUCCCUUAAGUCAAGUGAACUGGUUUAAAGGGGGUUUGACAUCCGCCACCUUUGGUUUUGUCCACGGGGGAGAAAAAAAAAAACAAGAGAGAUGAUUAUGUGAACUUUCCUCUGCACCUCUCCCACACCUUGCGAUUACCAAUGUGCCUUAGCCGUGGGUGGAAGAGUCCAACUUCUAGGGGCCCGCUGGGGCAUUUAAUCUCUAGUGGCCAUUAGAUCCAUGGCCAAGAAGGGGAGCAAUUGGUGUGGCCCCAGCAAACACCCAGGAGCCUUGGCAAUUGACUUGGGAGCUGAUUUGUCACCAAACCCAGACUGCUUCUUGGAGGAGAUGACAGUUUUAAUGAAAAGGUGUGUUCCCAAGGUGUGUGUGUGUGUGGCGUGGGGGGUGGGGGUGUUGCAUCCUGCAGGCAAUGUGGAAAUGUCUUUUCUGACCAAGUGAUAAAUGCAGCUCAGUGUUAAGUAUCAAUAAAUUUAAUUUAAAACCAA